AUGGCUGCCAUUGGAACAGUAUGGGCCAGUAUCAUGCCCAAGGGCGACAAGGACGGUGAGCAGCAAGGUGGCAUCACAUCCCAGACAACACAAGAUCUCAAGAGGCACCUGGAGGAGUACUUGAAUGGAAAAAGUUACUUGCUCUUAGUUGACGAUGUGUGGUCUGCAACAAUGUGGGAGAAGAUAAAGAACUCAUUGCCUACAAGUAAGAAAGGCAGUAGAGUAAUAGUUACCACACGGUUUCAAGCUGUUGCCAGUGCAUGCAGAAGAGACAGUGGAGAUCACAUUCACAGUGAGGACAAGUCUAAGGAAAAAAAAGAGAAAAUUCCAUCCAAACUCUGGCAAAUGUGCGGGGGUCUGCCAUUGGCCAUAGUUAUCAUGGCUGGGCAUGCCGCCUGCAACAAUGACAAACUGGCAACCAAGUGGAGUGAAGUUUGCAAAGCACUGGUACCAGACUCCGGGAAAGCUCUUGGCCAGGACGGAGUCACCAGGAUACUCAAUCACUGCUACAAUGAUAUGCCUGGUGAGAUCAGGACUUGCUCCUUGUAUCUAUGCAUAUUUCGAAAGGGCAGCAAGGUCAGCAGGAAGCGGCUGACGAGGCGUUGGCUGGCAGAGGGAUUUGUCUGCGAGAAGGAUGGGCUGAGUGCGGAAGAUGUUGCAGAGGCAUAUUUCAAUCAUCUCGUGAGGAGGAAGAUCAUACGUGCUGUGGAGCACAGCAGCAACGGCAAGGUGAAGAGCUACCAAGUCCAUGACAUGGUUCUUGAGUACAUUGUAUCCAAGGCAAGCGAGGAAAACUUCGUCACUGUGGUCGGCGGCCACUGGCUAAUGGCGCCACCUAGCAACAAAGUCCGCCGGCUGUCCCUUCAAGGCGGUGACUCGAAACACAAGAAAACAAUGGAGACCAUGAAUUUGUCUCAUGUCCGAUCUCUGACCAUAUUUGGGAGCUUAACCCAACUGCCUUCUAAUUCAUUGAAGUUUGGAAUUGUGCAAGUACUAGACCUCGAAGGUUGCCAGGAUUUCAGACAACAUCAUGCCAAGGAGAUAUGCAAGAUGCUUCUACUCAAGUACCUAAGCCUACGAAGGACAGACAUCAACAAGAUACCCAAAAAAAUUGGAAAGCUCCAAUAUCUGGAGACUCUUGACAUAAGAGAGACCAAUGUCACGGAGUUGCCGAACACCAUCUGCCAGCUUGAACGAGUAGCAAACAUACUUGGUGGGAACAAAAGAACACGGAAGGCACUGAAGCUUCCUGAAGAUCUGAAGAAGGAAACAAUGAAAAGCCUGCGCAUACUGUCAGGUAUUGAGAUCGUCGAGGGACCAGCUACAGUGGCAGACUUUCAUCAUCUGACAGAUCUGAGGAAGCUCACCAUUUACAAGCUCAACAUCAAGAAGGAUAAUAAGCUUUUCGAAGAACUAAGCUCCUCCAUUGAGUACCUUGGUGGCUAUUCUCUCCACACCCUGGUGAUUGAUGAUGAGUCGUCUGAGUUUCUAAAAUCGCUAGGUGCUCUCUCUACCCCUCCGAAGUUUCUCAAUGCCCUCGAGCUGUCUGGCAAGCUGGUUGAGCUCCCAGGAUGGAUCACAGAGCUGGAAGCUCUCACGAAGCUAACCCUCUCGGUGACGACGCUCACUACUGAUGCUCUGAAACAGUUGAGCAAGCUCAAGACAUUGUUCUCGCUCACAUUUUCACUUAACGCAGCAAAGCUGGAUCCGGAAACAACCGCCAUUAUCGAGGAGAAUAAAGAGCACUCUGAUGGGGAGAUCAUAGUUCCGGCUAGUGGAUUUGAGAACCUAAAGCUCCUUCGUAUCUCAGCUCCUUCGGUGCCGCCGCUAAGCUUUCCAGAGAAGGUGUUACCAAAGCUCGAAAGGCUUGAACUGCGGUUCAGCAAGCUGGAGGGACUAUAUAGCUUAGAGAACCUUGCAUAG